AUGGCAGCACUGACUAGUGUUGUUACGAAGUUGCGAGCAAGGAUAAAAGUUAUGGUGAAAAGAUGGCACCGCUCGCGGAGGAACCUGGUCAUUUGUUCUUUAAUAAUCUUUAUAUGUAUAGCUUAUUAUAUUGCACUAUACGACAAUAUACCAAGGGAAGCUAACUUGGACAUAACUAGAAGCGCUACAAAGAUUAUUAACCUUGGUGAGACUGCACAUCCUACUUCUGCUCCCGCUAGUACUUAUAAUGUUAAAAAGAGGCCGUCUGUGCUUAAGUAUAUAGAAAGUACUCUCGCAGAGGCCUUGAAGCAGGACAAAGGCACUGGGUGCAAUAUCCCUCAGCUGGAUCCUUUCGCCAAAGAAGUGACGCAGUUUGACAAGAUACUACCCGACGUUAAGUGCAAAGGGAAGGAUUGGGUAAAAUGUUAUCACUCAGAAUGCAAAGUAGUACCAGAGAUUCUUGCUACGACAAAGGAUAUCUCUUGUUCAUACUACGACAUCAUAUACGAGAGUGACAUGGUGCACCACUUGGGUCCUGCAACUCUUAUUCUUAACGACGAUACGUAUGUCUUGACGAAAAGUGAUCAUGUCAAGAUAUCGUGUACUGGCACCCAAAGUUCCAGCGUCCUCAGUUCCAAAUGGAUUGGUUACGCUACCGGCUUUCGUACAACGGUUGAGAGGAAACCAUUGCUACCAGAAAGAGAAGAUGCCCUCAACGUUCUCAUAUUUGGCUUCGACUCUACUUCCAAGAACGGUUUUAUACGACGGAUGCCCAAGAGUUAUAAGUACCUUACUGAGGAAAUGAAGGCCACCAUUUUGAAUGGGUAUAAUAUCGUUGGUGACGGGACCCCAGCAGCUUUAUUUCCAAUACUGACUGGCAAGAACGAGCUGGAGUUGCCAGACGUCAGGAAGAAGAUGAAGAAUCAAGGCACGUUGGAUGUAAUGCCGUUCCUGUUCUACAAGCUCAGGGAUAUGGGCUACCGUACAGCAUACUUCGAAGACAUGCCGUGGAUAGGUACAUUCCAGUACCGGUUCAAUGGCUUCAAACACCAGCCGGCCGACCACUACCUUCGCGCCUUCUAUCUUGAGGAGUCGAAGACAUCCAAGUUUCGGAUAAGAGAAGGCAAUAAAUAUUGUAUAGGAGACACGCCGCAGUUCCAACUUAUGUUAAAUAUUACUGAUCAGUUCCUGCGGUUGGACGGCAAAAAGUUUAUAUUUACGUUCAUAGCGGAUAUCACUCACGACAACUUUAAUAUGAUAUCAACCGCUGACAACGCCACCGUGAACCUGCUGAAGACCCUCGUGGAGAGACGGGUGCUUGAAGACACGCUAGUCAUGAUUAUGGGGGAUCAUGGACCUAGAUAUGCGAACGUUCGAGACACUUUACAAGGCAAACUCGAGGAGCGGUUACCUCUUAUGGGUGUUCUUCUACCAGAGAAGUUGAAGAGGAAACGUCCGAAUAUACAGGCGGUUCUGGAGGAGAACGCCAACGCGUUGACGACCCCACACGACAUACACGCGACGGUACUCGAUGUGCUGGACAUGAAGGAGCACAAUAAUCCGUAUAAAGUCGAGGGUGCUGAUUUGCCACGAGGAUUGACUCUGUUGGAACCUAUCCCACGGAAUCGUUCCUGUAGCGAGGCGGGAAUCGAACCCCACUGGUGCGCGUGCCUCAACUGGCACAACGUGUCAGAGACUGAGCCGAUUUAUCGGAAAGCAGUCGACGCCUUCAUAGAUUAUAUCAACUCAUUAACUGAAGAAGUUAGGUCGGAGUGCAUAGUCCGCACGUGGACGGAGACCAAGUGGGUGAUGCGUCAGGUGGCAAACAAACGCGUGUUGCUGUUCGCCGGCGCCAAGGACGCUGACGGUUACGUUGGGAACUUCAACGCCAAGGUCAAGUACGAAAGCGAGAACUAUCAGAUUAAGGUUGUGGUGGGUCCCGGGCGAGGCGUGUACGAGGCCUCCAUGAAAUAUCUCAUCAAAGAGGAUAAGUUUAUAAUCAACACUCGCGAUAUAUCCAGAACUAACGCGUACGGCGAAGAACCCAGCUGCAUCAGCGCCAAGUUACCAAUACUGAACCCUUAUUGUUAUUGCAAAGAGUACAUAGUUAAAAACUAA